UCUCACAAGCAACCGAUCGAUCGAGUGACCAUCUUCUCCUUUUGUUCUUUGAGAAGGACCGACCACCAGCCAUGGCGCUUAGCUUCAAGAUGGCCGCCUCCCUCGUCGCCGUCGUCCUCCUCCUCUUGGCCACCCCAAUAGUUCGAGGUUCCGCGUUGGACGACAUGGUGCCGGUGCAGAUGCCGGCGAAGCAGCUGGCGGUGGCGAUCUCCGGCGCCGCCGCCACAAUAAUGGCGGGGUCGCCCAGCUGCCUGCAGUGCCGGUGCUGCUCCAGGUCGAGCCCUGGGACAUGCGUGACGACCACCUGCUGCUCCAGCUUCAAGUGCGACAGCGGCGGCAGGUGCAACCUCGUGCAGGAGAAAUGCGGCUGCAGCGGCUGCGGCAACUCCAACUAGUCGGCCGGCCGCCGGCGGCCGCCUACUUGACCGGCAUGCAUCGGAUCGGAUCGAUGUAUGGGAGUUUUUUUUUAGGAUUUUGGCUAGCUAUAAUCAUCUUGGAUUAAACAAGCAGUGUACCACUGCAGGGCACGAGUACGUAGGAAUUGUCAAACUCCUUAUGUCUUUUAUUCUGAUAUAUCAAUGUUGAGAAGAAUAAAAUGAGCACGCAAAGUGCGUUUUAAAA